CACGCGUUAAGUUUCUUGAAAAUUUCCAUUGUUUUUCCUCUUGUUUUCCCCCUUAGCUUUCUCCUGCUAUAUAAAGAAUUUAUGAAGGGUUUUCAAUGGUAAUAAUUGAGACAUAACUGAUCAUAACAUGACUCCAAGCUUUGAUCUCAGUGACAUGGACACUGGCAUGGAGGUUCUCGACAACUUGACGAGGAAUGUGAGGCAAGUACAAGACGAUAUAUUACAAGGCAUCCUAACUCGAAACAUGGAAACUGAAUACCUUCGACGUUUCAUCCAUGGCGGACUGGACAAAGAGCUCUUCAAGAAGAAUGUGCCCAUCGUCAGCUACGAGGACGUUCAGCCUUAUAUCGAGCGUGUAGCCAACGGAGAGCCUUCAGACAUCAUUUCAGCCCGACCCAUUACCGGUUUCUUGCUGAGUUCCGGAACUUCGGGAGGUGCCCAGAAGAUGAUGCCUUGGAACAACAAGUACUUGGAUAACUUAACGUUCAUCUACGAUCUUCGCAUGCUUGUUAUUAGCAAGCAUCUUGAUGGAUUGAAGGAAGGAAAAGGGAUGAUGUUUCUAUUCACUAAACUGGACGUCACUUCCCCAUGUGGUUUACCAGCUAGGGUUGCAACUAGCAGCUACUUCCAGAGUGCUUAUUUCAAGAACCGGCCAUCGAACUGGUAUUACUGUUACACAAGCCCGGAUGACGUCAUCUUGUGUCCGGACAACAAGCAGAGUUUGUAUUGUCAUAUGCUCUGUGGCCUCGUCCAAAGGGACGAGGUUGUAAGGGUCGGCUCCGUCUUUGCUUCUGUCCUGGUCAGAGCUAUCAAGUUUCUUGAAGAUAACUGGAAGGAAUUAUGUUCGAACAUUCGAUUAGGUCAUGCCAGCGAGUGGAUCACUGAUCCCGGCUGCAGAAAUUCCGUCUCGUCGAUCCUUAAAGGCCCUCGCCCCGAGUUAGCAGAUGCAAUAGAAGAAGAAUGCAACAAAGGGUCGUGGAAAUGUAUAGUCACAAGGUUGUGGCCAAAGACCAAAUUCAUCGAAACUGUUGUUUCGGGUUCGAUGGAACAAUACAUUCCGGCGUUGGAGUUUUACUGCAACGGAUUGCCUCUCGUUUCAACUACUUAUGGUUCUUCCGAGACUACGUUCGGGAUAAAUCUCGAUCCUCUUUGCAAACCUCGAGACAUAUCUUACACGUUCAUGCCGAACAUGUCGUACUUUGAGUUCAUCCCGGUGGAGGGAAGCGACGAUGAGGUCGUAGACCUUCCGGACGUGAAACUCGGGUGCUGCUAUGAACCUGUGGUCACAAAUUUCUCCGGUUUAUACAGAAUGAGGGUCGGAGAUAUAGUACUCGUGACGGGUUUCCACAACAAUGCACCUCAAUUCAAAUUCGUACGGAGAGAAAACGUCGUCCUAACAAUCGAUACCGAGAAAACGAACGAGGAAGAUCUCUUCAAAGCGGUGACUCGGGCAAAACUCAUUAUCGAGUAUUCGGAUCUCAUGCUGAUGGACUUCACCAGUUACGCCGACACCUCCACUAUUCCGGGCCAUUACGUUCUUUACUGGGAGAUCAAGGCCAGAAACAAAGACGGUGCCGAGAAUCUCGACGACGAAACACUCUCCGAGUGCUGUUUUCUAGUUGAAGAAUCGCUCGACGUUUACUACCGAUCUUGCCGGAGCAAAGACAGAUCCAUCGGAGCCCUCGAGAUAAGGGUUGUCCGAAAGGGAACGUUCGAUUCUCUCAUGGAUUUUUUCAUCUCGCAGGGCUCUUCGAUCGGCCAAUACAAGACGCCGAGAUGCGUAAAAUCUGCCAAAGCCUUGGAGAUAUUAGAGAUGAACGUGACCGCUAGAUUCUUUAGCAAGAAAUGCCCUUCUUGUGAAUCUUAAGCCAUUAUUAUAAUGUUUUGAGUUUUCCCUUAAAUAAAAAUUAUCUUGAUCUAUGUAUUAUUGGGGUUUUAAUAAGCUUGGCAUGAAAUUAUCUUGUUUA